CUCUGCAAUACACGAGAGAGAGAGAGAGAGGGUUAGAAAAUAGAAACGUAAUAAAUUCUCCCGAGAAAACGAAAGGAAACUCGCUGGUGAAUUGAGGGAAAACAUCUUUUGUGAUUUGGUUGAAAGAGGGAGGGAGAUGAAGAGCUGUGAGCUCUGCAAGUUGGCGGCGACGACGUAUUGUGAAUCGGAUCAAGCCAGUUUGUGCUGGGAUUGCGACGCUGUAGUCCACGGAGCCAACUUCCUUGUGGCGAGGCACGUGAGGCGUCUUCUCUGUCACGCUUGCCAAUCUCCCACUCCAUGGAGAGCCACUGGUUCCAGGCUCGGUCACACGGUCUCCGUCUGCGAGAUGUGCGUUAAUGACGGCUAUAGAGAAGAGAGCGAAGCCGAGAAUGACGAUGACGGUGUUCGCAGCGACGAAGAUGAAGGAGAUUAUGGUGAAGGAGAUCAUUCCGAUGAUGACGUUGAGGACGGCGAUUACCAGGUGGUGCCGUGGUCAGCGGUAGCAAAUACACCUCCGCCGGCGUCCAGUUCUUCUAGUAGCGGAGAUGAUUCCGCUGGUGAAAGAGAAGUAUCUAGAUCAACAAAUUUGUUUUCGUUAAAAAGAACCAGAGGAAAUGCCCCAGAUCUUCACUCUCAGGACGAUCCUGAUCAUUUAUCUCCUAAACGGAGGUACGACUUGCAGAAAAGAGGAUGAAGCCAAUAUCGAAUCAACAACAUAUCAAACCAGAUGGAACGGUGCAGUUUCAGUCCGAAAGGCACGAUCGAGUAGAGAGUCGUUAGGAGAACAAGGCUUAGUGUGUGAGAAAAUCCAGUUAAAA